AUGCAUCUCAUUUUCACAGGUGCCACUGACCUCGUCGGAUUCGGAGUUCUUAACCAGAUGUUACCUUUGAUCCCAGGGCGAACAUCCAAAUUGACAAUCCUCAGCCGUGGACCUGCCGAUAUUGAAAAAGCUCGAAGGAGCCGAGGGCUGUGUGUGGGCCCAAAGGCAUAUCCCAAUCACUGGUUGGUAAGGAAGGAGGACGUUAAGACCACCAAGGACUACCCUUCAGCCGCAGCUAACGCGUUCAGAACGAUGGCUGAUUCUUUGAAGCAUACUUAUAUUUCAGGAAAGUUUCUAUCUCCUAUACGGAUGAUAUUAUCACCUGCUAAUUUGCAAUUUAGGCUACAACAAAGCCAAGGCAAAUUCACUCAAACCUUCGCCGCUGUCAAGGGCAAAUGCGAAAAGGCUCUGCUUGAUAUGGCCAAAGCAAAACACAUCUUUCAAUCCCUAUUCCCUCCGGCCAACCAUGUUGAUCCUAGCAUAACGUUUGCUCCAGCCCUUGUUCCACCGACACAGGAGAUUGGCAUUAUCACUACGGCGCUGGCGAUGGGCAUUGAGAGGGCUUGGAAGGGUCAGCACAUACCAAAACCGCUUUACCCGCAAGCGUCAUGCCCCCAAUCCCCCAACCCUCUGCUUCCCCUCCUCUCUAACCCUCACCAUACCUCCCACCAACCACGCGAUCCACAAACGUUCUCUCCUGAUCCUACACGGACUAGCGCCAACACCCUUUCCCCUUCGGCCUCCAGCCUACCACUGGGGCGACGAUAUCCUCUUCAAUCCCGAGGCCCUGGACGCAGACCUAGGAUUUCACGUGUGACUGGCAAGAUUGUCCAGGAGCUAAUUCUGUCUGUGCUGGUACGGAAACUUGCGUAUCGGGGUAGAGAUAUUUUGAUAUUUGAGUAUGUCCAGGGGGAUAGUGUGGGAUUAAGUGUUAGGUUGGAGGUUGGAAGGGUUGGGUUCGUUGAUGAUGGAGGGAAUGGGGAGAGGGAGUUGGGAGGAAUUGUGACAGUUGGAGGGAUAUUGCCUCUGCCAGCGACUAAGGAGGAUGGGAAAGGCAAAGUGGAGACACUGGUGUUGUUGGUUGGGGCACAACGACCAGAGGAUGCUAUUACAGAUGCGGGAUUAUGCAGGAUGAAAGCGAAUUUUGAGUAUGUGAAGGUAGUGAAAUGGAAGGGGAGGAUGGGAGAUGAAACGCCUAGCAACCGAGAGGAGAUGUUUCCCAUCACGCAGUUUUUGGUGAAGAGGUGGAGGAGUACUAGCGGAGUGCCGGAUGGGAGUAUAGAGAUUAGUUGA